UACAUGAGAUAAGAACAUAGGCAUGAAGAUAAGAAAAAGAGAAAUCUACUUAUCGUCAAGAUCUUUACACACGAAACAGUUCACGGACACAUGAAGGAAAUGGUACUCACUGAAUUUCCAGCCUCACAUUUUCAUCCUACUUUCUCUCCCUUUUCACUUCUCACCAUUUUCGCCGAGUUGAUUGUAAGCUUAAGCCAUCACACUCAUUUCCACUGGCGGUUCUACCUUAAAAAACAAUGUCCAUUUGCUCCACCGUUGGUGCCGGAUUAAACCUUCAUUCGCCGGCGAAUGCCACCAAUUCAACCCGUUUAUCUUCUAAUUUCGUCCAUCAGAUUCCGGUGAGUUCAUUCUCUUUCUCUUUUCAAUCUUCUUCUUUACGUUUAUCACAAACCCCCAAAUUCAGUAGGCAAAGACGAAAUCCCAUUGUAGUUUCUUCGACCCCAGUUGUUGAAUCCACUAAAUCUUCGUUUAGAGCCAAAAACCCUAAAGAUACUAACAUUUUGGUAGUGGGUUCUACUGGGUAUAUCGGGAAUUUUGUGGUUAAGGAGCUGGUUAGUAGAGGGUUCAAUGUCAUUGCCAUUGCUAGGGAGAAGAGUGGAAUUAAAGGUAGAAACAGUAAGGAACAGGCAUCUGAUCAGUUGAAAGGAGCUAAUGUUUGUUUUUCAGAUGUGUCCCAUUUGGAUGUUUUGGAGAAGUCUUUAGGGGAUUUGGAUGUGCCUAUUGAUGUUGUGGUUUCUUGCCUUGCUAGCCGAACUGGUGGCAUAAAGGAUUCUUGGAAAAUUGAUUAUGAGGCUACAAAGAACAGUUUAGUGGCUGGAAGAAAUCGUGGGGCUUCUCAUUUUGUGUUGCUUUCUGCAAUUUGUGUGCAGAAACCCCUUCUUGAAUUCCAACGUGCUAAGCUCAAAUUUGAGGCUGAGCUAAUGGAAGCAGCUAAAGAGGAUAGUGGGUUUACAUACAGCAUUGUUAGACCAACUGCUUUCUUUAAGAGCUUAGGAGGUCAAGUUGAGUUGGUGAAAGAUGGUAAGCCAUAUGUGAUGUUUGGGGAUGGGAAGUUGUGUGCCUGCAAACCAAUCAGUGAGCAGGAUUUGGCUUCUUUUAUUGCGGAUUGUGUGUUGAGUGAAGAUAAAAUCAAUCAGGUUUUGCCCAUUGGUGGCCCCGGGAAAGCAUUGACUCCGUUAGAACAAGGUGAGAUCUUGUUUAGGCUGUUGGGGAAAGAACCGAACUUCUUCAAAGUACCGAUUGGGAUUAUGGAUUUUGCCAUUGGAGUUCUUGAUUUCCUUGUCAAGUUCUUUCCUGCAAUGGAAGAUGCUGCUGAGUAUGGGAAAAUUGGAAGAUAUUAUGCAGCUGAGAGUAUGUUGAUUUUAGAUCCUGAAACUGGAGAGUACAGUGCAGAUAAAACACCAAGUUACGGUAAGGACACAUUAGAAGACUUUUUUGAAAGGGUCCUCAGCGAAGGGAUGGCUGGUCAAGAAUUAGGUGAACAGAGCGUUUUUUGAUAUUUUCUGCAGAGUAGCAGGUCCUUGGAGUUGCAAGUUCGAGAUGGACGGUACACGUGAAGAAGGUGUGUUGUUUCUUUAUCUGAAUCCAUGCUGUUGCCUGAGUUCCUGUCAAGUUUUUUUCCCCACUCAACAUGCAUAUCUGAAGGGUUGUAAAUUGUCAACAUUACUCUUCAAAACAAUAUCAUUAUGAAAUGAAUGGUGUCAUAUUUUUUGCUUCAU